AUGGACAUUGCUCGUGUUCUUCUCAUGGGUCGGCGGGCCAGCAAACUUAAAAGAGACGAUAUUCGGGAGCUCGAAGCGCAAACUUACUUCGACAGUAAACAGCUACAGAGAUGGUAUCAGGAAUUCGUGAAAGAUUGCCCAAAUGGCGAGAUGACCAAGGACGAAUUCGCAAAGCUUUACGGGCAGUUCUUCCCCACGGGAGACAAAACGAAAUUCGUGGACUACAUAUUCAACGUGUUCGACGAAGACAAGAACGGGGUUAUAACUUUCAAAGAGUUCAUCAAAGCCAUUUCCAUCACAACUAAGGGCUCAAUCGACGAGAAACUCAACUGGGCCUUCGAUCUGUACGACAUUGACAAUGACGGGUUCGUUACCAGAGCCGAAAUGCUUGACAUCGUCACAGCAAUCUACGUCCUGCAUGGUAAAACUAUGGACGGUGAUCCGUCUCGAAGGGUCGACCAGCUGUUCGCAAAACUAGACUCGGAUUCCGACGCUCGGAUAUCUCGAGAAGAGUUUUGUGAAGGCUUCAAAACAGACCCCUGGAUCCGGAAGGCCCUGCUCAGCCAAUACAGCGAAUGA